GCUGAUUAGGGAAGUUAAAAAUACUUAUGUAUGAAAACAUGUCUAGUUGACGAAAAACUUUAAAUAGUUAAAACAUUUUAAAUACAGGUUUAUUUGGCAAUGAAAUAAACAGUUUUCAUAACAUUCCUUAACAUGUACGAUUCGAGGGACACUUCUAUACCCCAGGAAGAACCUCGGCAUUUCAGAGAGGUAGUGCUUCUAUGUUUUAAAAAACACAAAAUUCCUGCUCGCUUGGUGCUGUAUUUUCUUUCAUGGUCUGGUUUUCUUGUAUCAUUUAUGAUGCGUAAUGAUAUGAAUUUUGCUUUGAUUGCCAUAUAUCCAAAAGAUAAUACGAACCAGAACACAACUAAUACCUCGUAUUCAAUCCCGGAAAGUGGUACUGUUGACCAAACAUCCAUAGUAAAAUCCGUCAUAAUAAGUUCAUUCUAUUGGUGUUACGUACUAUCCCAGGUUGCAGGUGGAGUUGCCACUCAUGUUUUUGGAACCAAGUGCGUAUUUGGAUGGUCACAACUGGCAACUGCUCUUUGUAGUCUACUUAUUCCGUUGGCAGUAGAAUUACAUUACAUUGCUGUUAUUGUGUUACGUUCUAUUCAGGGGUUUGCCUCUGGCUUAACUUGGCCUGCUAUGUAUGCCAUAGUGGGGUACUGGAUACCACUUACAGAACGGUCUCGUUUUAUGUCAAGUUUUCAAGGAUUUAGUAUUGGAAUCGGUUUAACAUAUCCAUUAUGUGGAUUUAUAUUAUCACAGUUUGGAUGGCAAUAUGUAUUUUAUACUACGGGCACUUUAGGACUUGGAUGGUGUUUAUUAUGGUAUUUGCUCGCGUAUAACACACCUCGUGAACAUCCUCGUAUUACUAAAGAAGAACUAAAUUACAUUGAGCUAAGUGUUAGUAAAGAGGUAAAAAAUACCAAAUUAAAAGUACCAUGGCCGCAAAUAUUUAAGUCGUUGCCAGCUUGGGCAAUUGCAAUUACAACAUUUGGAAGGAUAUUCCUGCAUUAUAUUUUUAUUGUAAAUGGACCCACAUUUAUGGGCAACGUUUUAAAGUUUAAUUUUGAAACAAAUGGUUUUCUAUCGGGAAUGCCUUUUAUUUGCUCAUACUUCUCAUCGGUAUUGUUUUGUUAUAUUGCUGAUAAAUUUAUAUUGUACAAAGUCUUAAAUCUUACUAAUGUGAGAAAAUUAUUUACAGCAUUAUCACAGAUCAUUCCAGGGUUAUUAAUAUACUGUAUAGGAUAUGUAGAUAAUAUACAUCUUUUAUUAUCAAUUUGGUUUAUAGCAGUGAUAUUUAUAACGGCAUCCUAUGCAGGAGCAAUGGCAAAUAUAAUUGACUUAGCACCGAAUUAUGGACAUUCUGCUGCUGUAUUAGCAUUCUGCCAAACUAUUCAUAUGUCAGCGUCUUUUAUUUCACCUUUAACGGCUGGAUUUAUUGUAACUCAAGAGGACUCCAUCGAUCAGUGGCGAAGUGUUUUUGGAGUUGCUGCAGUAAUUUCCUUAUUGACUUACAUUGUGUAUCAAAUAUUUGGAACAGCAGAAAUUCAGCCCUGGAAUAUAAAACUACCCAAAAUUGACCAUUCCGAUGAAGAAACUGAAAUUUUUCCGAAAUCAAACCGAGAAUUCAAUACAAUUUCUGAGCCAAUGUGAAAAAAAUUUACUUAAAAUCCUGUUUAUAUCUUUGUAAUAUUGUUUUACUUAUUUUGGAAAAAAGAACCUGUUAUAUAAAUACAAUAUACCUAC